UGCACGGUCAAAUUAGUAGCAUUUGACCUUUUUUUUUCCCUUUUUCUCAUUUUCACGCUUCUUCAUGUCACAUACAACUCAUUCCAACGAUGAUUCUACAGACCUUGCGGAUGAUAUACGGUCGCUCUCAUUGAGUGACACCGCAUCUCCGUCGGAUCCUCGGACAUCGGCUGAAUCCCGACAAAGUCAGGACGAUCUCGACCACUUUUUCGACGAAUCCACGGCCUCGUCAAGUAUUACACAGUCUGAAGCUGAACGAGUCGCGGCCGAAAGCCAAACCGCCCCGUCUGAAUUCCAACACAUCUUUGACCAGUUUAGUCAUGCCGGAGACGAUACAUCUGCUGCAGCAGCGGAAUCCGAUCGAGCGUCCGUCGUUUCAGGAAACAGUUCCUCAAGGAAACUGUCGAUUGCCGAAAUGCAAAAAUCCAUCAAUCAAACCAAAUCCCAACACUUUACACCAGACAUGGCCCGAUUCGAUUUUCACCAAUUUUUGGAACAAAUGAAGCAACCCAGUGCCGCUCCGAUUAAACGAUAUACCAAAGAAUUUGUGCAAGCAUUUGAUCGCCGAGCGUGGACGGUGGAUGAACAAAUCAAGCUUGUUCAAGAUUAUUUGGAGUUUGUGCAAGAUAAAAUGAAAACGUGUGAAGUGUUCAAAGAAAUGUCGGAACAGGAGUUUGAAAAUGCGAAAGAAGGCAUGGAAAAACUAGUCAUGAACCGUCUCUAUCCAAAGAUCUUUUCGCCUUCAACCACAGAUGAUAAAGAGCGGGAUGCAGCGUUACAACACAAGAUAGGCACGCUUCGAUGGAUCAAAGAAAAGCAUCUUGACAUUCCCAAAACGUCUCAUAACAAGUCAUUUAUUAAUUUUGCCGUCUCUGAACUAUUGAAAAUCAACAGGUACAAAUCGCCUCGAGAUAAACUCAUCUGUUUCCUGAAUUCAUGCAAAGUCAUUUACGGUUUGAUUCGAUGCAUUGAUGUGGAUGCUGGUGCGGAUCUAUUCUUUCCCUUGUUGGUCCAUGUCAUUAUACGAGCCAAUCCCCCUCAACUGGUUUCCAACAUGGAAUACAUAUUCCGAUUUCGAAACCCGGAGCAUCUUCAGUCGGAAGCUGGCUAUUAUCUAACCAACCUUAUGGGCGCGAUAUCGUUCAUUGAAACUUUGGAUGAUACAUCGCUGACAAUCACAAAAGAAGAAUAUGAUAGGAAUGUCCAAGAGGCGAUAGAAGAGAUGAAACAAGAAGCGAACGAGGCAGACAAGGAAACUGCAGAGGAACCGGAUCGUGGUAAAAGACACCGACUCGGUCGACUCUUUUUCGGGCGGAAUGAACCUCCGCCAGAGAGCGAGAUGGAAAAACGUUUCCAAGACCAUCGGACCCAACACUAUGAGAAACAAAAAACAGGUACCACUGACCUUCCCGUCACUACCCCACCGAGCGAACCAUCAACGACACCAAAUACACCCACUCAAGCAAGUGAGAAGGAGAAGGCAAAACAAGAGCAUUUCGACCGCAUGUUGAAAACCACUGUGGCCAUGUUUCCCAACAUUGAACCUGGUGUCUGCUACAUGAUUCUUCAAGCCAAUGAAGGCCGCAUUACCGAAACCAUUGAUACUUUAUUGGAAAUGUCAGAGCCGUAAACGCGCUUUUUGAUACCGGAUAUCUUUGCCCUUUUUCCGUAUUAUAAUCACCCGAAAGUGCGCAACAUUUAUAUCGCCGCUUAAAAUAACCCAAGUCCCUGACGCAAAGCUCGCCUCAAAAUCCCAUGCAUUAAUUUGUCGCUUUUAAACUGUUUUUAGUCACGUCAGUUUUCA